AUGCUUGAGGUUGUGGUGGGUAACACUUCUGUGAAGGUGAAAACAGGGGACAUUACUACUGAAUCCACAGAUGCCAUAGUCAAUCUAAACAAUGGAACUUUGAACCAAAACUUCGGUGUAUCCAAAGAAAUACUGGCUGCAGCUGGGGAUACUGUACAGAAAGAAUGUGCCAGUUUAGGUACCCUCGGCAGUGAUGAAUACGCUGUAACUGAAGCUGGAAAGCUUAAGUGUAAAAAGAUUAUCCACUUAGUAGAUGUAACAUCAUCGAGAAUUGUGGAGUCGAUGAAGCGAGCUCUGAAGGCAUGUGAUGAACACAAAAUUAGAACCGUUAGUCUUCCAGCAUUCGGAACAGGAACAGCUAGUUUGGAUCCUCAGUCAUCCAUUAAAUUAAUCUUUGAAGGCCUUGAAGGGUACCUGACUGAAGUUGGCACAUCGACCAUCAUUUUAGAGAUUACCAUUGUUGUGAACAAGCAGGAUGUCUAUGAGGGGUAUAUGACGUUUUUUCAUAAUUACCAGACGAAUUAUUCUUAUUUCAAGGCUAAUGGAAAAGCCAUAGUAUUAAACAAAGGCGACAUCACUAAUCAAUCUGUGGAGUGCAUUUUGAACUUAACAAACUCAUCUCUAAAUCAGUCUACGGGUGUGUCCAAAGCCAUUUUGAAUGCUGCAGGGGAUGCGGUAAAGGAUGAAUGCAAAAGCAUUGGUAUCGCUAGUGUUCAGCCAGAAGACUCUAUCAAAGCUAUACUGAGCGCUAUUCUGAGGUACUUGGAAAAGCCAUCAACCAUAACUCUUGAAUCUGUCAGCAUAGUUGUUCUCCAAGAAGAUGUUUACAAGUCGUAUCUCAAGUUUUUUCUAGAAAACAGGACUGAACUGCAGAAAAAAGUAGAGAGGGCGCAAGUGAUUAUUGACUUUCCAAAAUCAUGGACAAAUAUGGGUGAAAAGGAAUUACUGGUGAUCACUCUAGAAGAAAAUUGUGAAGAAUAUGAAAAAGUGAAAGAAAACUUCCUUGCCACUGCCAAACCCACAACAUUUACAGUGUUGAAGAUUGAAAGGAUUCAGAAUGAAUUACUAUUUAAGAAAUUCAGCCUAAGUAAGCAGGAGGUUGAAAGAAAAAAUCCCAACCAGCAGAAUGUACGCCUUCUCUACCACGGCACAUAUGUUGAUAGCAUCAAAAACAUUAAUGAAGAAGGAUUCAAUCGAUCCUACUGUUCUGUGACAGCAUAUGGAAAAGGGUCCUACUUCGCUGUAAACUCUGAGUACUCUUCUAGGGACAUUUAUUCCAAACCUGACAAGGAUGGGAAGAAGUACAUCUACCAGGCUACAGUGGUGACCGGAAAACAUUGUAAGGGAACCCCUGAAAUGAGGGAACCUCCGUACAUCGGAAGUGACCCCGAUGCAGGCCGCUAUAAUUCUGUGACAGAUGACGUUAACAAUCCAUCAAUGUUUGUGGUCUUCUAUGAUAACUACGCUUAUCCAGAUUAUCUAAUCACUUUCAAGUUAGGCAUAUAA